ACAGUCAUAGACAGCGAGUAGUACUGUGAAAGGGAGUGACCGUAAGAAGAGGCCACAGAAGCUGAGAAAAGAAAACACGCCUUUCGGGCGGUGACGACCUCCCCACGACAAUAUGCCUCUCGCUAAGGAGCUCCUCCAUCCCUCUCCGGAAGAGAAGAGGAAGCACAAGCAGCAGCGCCUGGUGCAGAGCCCCAGCUCCUACUUCAUGGCUGUGAAAUGCCCAGGAUGCUAUAAAACCACCGCCAUCUGUAGCCACACACGAACGGUAGUUUUGUGGGCUGGUUGCUCCACUGCUCUCUGUCCGCCAACAGGAGGAAAAGCAAGGCUUACAGAAGGAUGCCCCUUCAGAAGGAAGCAGCACUAAAAGCACCUCAAAUCAAGACGAGUAGGAAACCAUCCCAAUAAACACAAUUUGGAUAAAA